CUCGCUGAAUGGAUGGUGCAUGGCUAUCCCUCAGAAAACGUCUGGGAACUGGACUUGAAGCGUUUUGGAGCCCUCCAGAGCAGCCGCACCUUUCUGCGCCACCGGGUCAUGGAAGUCAUGCCUCUGCUGUAUGACCUGAAGGUUCCCCGUUGGGACUUCCAGACCGGGAGGCAGCUACGCACGUCUCCUCUCUAUGACCGGCUGGAUGCACAAGGAGCCAGGUGGAUGGAGAAACAUGGAUUUGAGAGGCCAAAGUACUUUGUGCCACCAGACAAGGACCUCCUGGCGUUGGAGCAGAGCAAGACUUUCUAUAAGCCAGACUGGUUUGACAUUGUGGAAUCUGAAGUCAAGUGUUGUAAGGAGGCCGUGUGUGUCAUUGACAUGUCCUCUUUCACAAAAUUUGAAAUAACAUCCACUGGGGAUCAGGCACUGGAAGUCCUACAGUACCUCUUCUCCAAUGACCUGGACGUGCCCGUGGGCCAUAUCGUGCAUACGGGCAUGCUCAACCAGGGCGGCGGGUACGAGAACGACUGCAGCAUAGCUCGACUGAGCAAGCGCAGUUUCUUCAUGAUUUCUCCAACUGACCAGCAGGUCCACUGUUGGGCCUGGCUUAAGAAAUACAUGCCGGAAGACAGCAACCUGAUUCUGGAGGACGUCACCUGGAAAUAUACCGCCCUCAAUCUGAUUGGUCCGCGAGCUGUGGAUGUGCUAUCCGAGUUGUCCUAUGCACCUAUGACUCCAGACCACUUCCCAAGUCUGUUUUGCAAGGAGAUGAGCGUGGGCUAUGCAAAUGGGAUCCGGGUGAUGAGCAUGACUCACACAGGAGAGCCAGGAUUUAUGCUUUAUAUCCCCAUAGAGUACGCCCUGCACGUGUACAACGAAGUGAUGAGUGUUGGGCAGAAAUACGGAAUCCGGAAUGCUGGGUAUUACGCUCUUCGUAGUCUCCGAAUUGAGAAGUUUUUUGCUUUCUGGGGUCAGGAUUUAAACACCCUCACCACACCCCUGGAAUGUGGACGAGAGUCUCGGGUGAAGUUAGAUAAGGGGAUGGAUUUCAUUGGGCGAGACGCCCUGCUGCAACAGAAGCAGAACGGGGUGUAUAAACGUCUCACUAUGUUCAUCCUGGAUGACCACGACACAGACCUGGACCUCUGGCCUUGGUGGGGGGAGCCCAUUUACCGGAAUGGGCAGUACGUGGGCAAGACCACAAGCAGCGCCUACGGCUACACUCUGGAGCGCCAUGUGUGCCUGGGCUUUGUGCACAAUUUUUCCGAGGACACCGGGGAAGAGCAGGUGGUGACGGCAGAUUUCAUCAACCGGGGAGAAUAUGAGAUUGACAUCGCUGGACAUCGGUUCCAGGCCAAAGCUAAACUGUACCCCGUCCCAUCCCUCUUCACCCAUAAACGCCGGAAGGAUGACGUGGAGCUAAGUGACUUGCAGGGGAAGUAAUGCAAGGCAGUUUCGUCACCUCCCCAUCAUCUUAGGCACUUUUCUCCCCCCGAUUCCCUCCCUCUUCUUGAUUUAACCUUUGCCUCCUUCCUCUUAUCUUGAUAUAAUUUUAAGCUUUUAAACUUUUCCUUUGCAACCUCUCCUGUCCUCGCAUCUUCUCCUCCUCCCUUUUCCAGUUUUCCCCCGACACUUACUCUGGGGCUGGUUGUCCAGUCCCUCCACCCCAGAGGUUCCUGUGAUGACAGGGAGCAUGUUUGACAGCAGGACAGGAGCAGACUCCACUCGUGGCUGUGGGUUAUGGUGAGUGUGACUUCAGAUGCUGUGUCCUGAAGCCAGAAAGGCUGAUAGUAUGCAGGCCUCAGGGUAAGUCUAUCUCCGUGGGGCUAAGCUUUUCCAGAGUGAGCAGUUAAUUUGGGGGGAGGGGGGUUUACUGUGUCUGACACAGCCCUGUGGCUCUUUGUCUCAUCCCAUCGUGCUUGGGUUGGCACCCUGAUACCUCCAGCAAGAGGAGGACCAUCUACCUCACUGAUUAGAGGCAUCACGGGGGUGUUUUCUGGGGUUAACCCUCCCAGGCCUCCCUCCCGACCCAGUUAUCAAGACUGUUGGGCCAGGGCCACCUACCUAUAAUUUUCUUCAUCUCUGGCUAAUCUCUAUACUGAGGGGUGUUUUGAUUUGGUUAGCUGAGUAAACAAGUAAGACAGUGUUUGAAAGGGAAAGACCAUGUUGCCUUUUUCAUUACUUUUCAUAGCUGAAAGGGUCUGACCUCAAAGUACAGCACUGGGGAUGCUAAGUUUCCUAUUAAAACAGUGCUGCUUUUCUGUCAGCUACUCAAACGUUCAGUCAUCCCAUCUUGAUCCUUUUCAGUCAUCCCAUCUUGAUCCUUUUUUCCAAGUGCACGUGACGAUCAAUUCAGCCUCCCGUCCCUUCCACAGGAGGCCCACUGGCUCAGUACAUUCUCUUUCCCUUUAGAACAGGGAGGGGGAGGUAGGACAAGCAUCCUGGUUGAAUAACUAAGCCUUGUGCCCAUGCUGAGUUGAAGAGAACUACCGGGACCCCAAGUUUUGCUGCCCCUGACAGAUAGAUGCACACGAGAUGACCCACGCAGGUCCAUGGAGUUCCGAGUGCGGACAGUAUACAUUACCUAAGCCCGAAGUCUGCAUUCCAUCUUUUCUUUCCAGCCACCUCUUUGGAAUAGAAAGUGACUUGGGGUACCAAGAAGCCCUGCAAACUUUAAAGCAGUGUCUGUUUUCUGAGAGUGAAACUUGGAUCUCACAGAUGGGUAUCCAUCCCCAUACUUAAUUUCCCCUUGCAAACUGCUGCUAGAGAUUUUAACUAAUGUAUCUUGGAUGCAUUACUUCUAAUAAGUCAGUAAGUACAUUACAGAAGAUCCUUUUGUUAGAGCAGCUUAAAAUUCUCAGGUGUCUGCCUGCUCUGGCACUUCUCUGGGAUUCCUGUUUACCUACUUGAUCACUGAGUUUAGUGUCCACCUUCUUAGUAAGUCUUAACUGAUUUAACAAAGUAGUGUGUGAUUAGAAAGCUGUUGGGGGACUUCACUAUUUCGGUGCAAAUGUGUGUAUAACUAGCUGAAAGAUGCUGCUUCUGGGCAAAGAGGAGAGAGGAGAGGUGCUGCCCAGCUGGAGAGCAGAGCAGUGCAUGGCAGGCAGGAAACGGGCACCCAGCCAAUGCAGGUGUUACCAGCAGGGCGCUGACUGACCCAAGAAGGUGGAGAAAUAAAAGUAUCAUACCCUGCACCACUCCAAAGUCAUCUUUGGAAAUGAAAAUUUGGGAUUAAAUCCAAAAGAAAUUGUAAGUUAUAUGCAUAAAUUAUAUCUUGUCUAUAAAUAGGGGUCACACUCCUAAGACUAUGGCAAGAUGUUAAUCUUCUGGGGUACCAGUUGUUUAUUGAGUGCCCUGAAAUAUAUUUACCUUCUAGUACUUUACCUUGGUCCUAAAUUAUAGGGGCUAGUUCUUUCCUGCCUCAAGCACAGCUGAGAAUCAAAACAUCCUCAUUUCUGUGUCAUUUCCAGCUCCUGGACAGUGGGACUGCACGUGUUUGCCUUCUGUGGCAACUCCCCUCUCCUCAGAGAUGCGAGGGAUUGUUCAAAGGGUGGCUGGAUUUUGAUUUUAGGUGGUUGAUACUUUCUUCUCUCUGAAAUGAUCUGUCAUCAAUGCUUGUGCUGUCUUGUCUUCUAUCAUUUUGAACCUAUAAACACAAAGGGCCUCAAACAGAUGGAAGACCCAAGGUUACAAGUCUCCUGUGGGCCUUCUCCUCCCUUGAAAUAAGCCCCUGGUUACUCAGGUCUAUGUAAAUCCCAUGGUCAUGUGAUUGACACUGAAGAUUUCCCAUCUGUGAUGAAAGCGCUAAUUCAGAAAGUUUUCAAAGUAAAAAGGGACAACACCUACCUGCUUGGAUAGCCCAUUUGAUGUCCUUUAAUUUGUGUUUCUGUCACAUAGCACUGCACAGGCAGGACCUGCUCCAGGAGACAGAAGUGAGCAAUUCCCGCACUAAUCCUAGUGCUCCUCUCAGGAGUCCCUCUACCCCUAAAUGCGAGAGAUGCCAUUUAGCCCCAUGAUUAAACCCAGUCUCAUUUUGGCCCCAAAGUUCCCAUUCUUGCAGGAGUAGAGCCCAGUCACUUCCAUUUGAUUCUCAUCAGGAGGUGUGGCUGGAUUCUACCUCCUCAUACAGACCAAGAGUUUUACCUGUGUCCCUUCUUUACAGGGCUGUUAGUUCCAAGAAAGUAACUAAAACAUGUGGAAAAUAACUUAAGUUUUCUCCUUUACCCUGCCUAUGGAUGCACUUGAGAUGCUAACCCCUCCCUACUGCCACACUGGCAGGAUCGAACCACUAAAAAGUGGUUUUGCUUCACUGAAAAGAUGACUCACCACCUUGCUUUCUGGCUCUUUAUCCUCUGGCUUUUGGACACAUUUGCUGGCAUUUCAGUGAGUCUUCAUAACAUCCCUUGAGAAGCUGGGACAUAUAAAGAAGGAAUCUUCUAUGACCUAUAGUCCUGAUUCUGACCCAAACCUGUGUCCUGGGAGAACAGUUACAUUGGUUUGUUUUCAGGCGUUAGUCACAAGGUUCCUUUUCAUACCUCGUCGUUGCUUCUGGGCCAGAGUAGCCAGCAAGGAUGUCUUUAGUAUCUAAGAUAGAGGUCUCGUCUACAGUGCUUUAAUACUGAAGAAUAAACUACCGUUUCGAUUUUCUUUCUGCACAUCCCAUCCCAACACUGCCACAUUACUCACAAACUUAUAAGCAGCACUGUCAACAUGAUGUAAAGUUUCUCUCAAGUAACGAGUUUUCAUCUUGCACAGGUCAUUUACAGGCACACGGACUCAGGAGAAGCACAGCUGAGUGGAAGAAACAGUAGAUGAAAUAGGGAUUAACCACAUCCUGCACUGAGUCUUCAGUGAGCUAGGGAUCCAUGUCCCCACCACUCUGCCCUCCACGUAAAGGUGCUGAGUUGUAAGGCUCCUUCACUGUCAUUACGGGGCUGGCACCUGCUGUCCCUUGACACUACAAAUACACUAUUUUUCAAGAAGACUCAGUAUUUUUGUAUGUUUUUGUCUUCUAUUUGUCCAUUAAACACCAGAGUUGUUCCUUGUAUAAGAUUCUCGACUUCUAAGCAGAACCCUUGGAGAAUUAGACAUUUCUUCAUGGGCCAUUAUUCUCAUGAUACUUAGAUACACCUAUUUUUAUCCUUUGCAAAACUUUCUUCUUGCCUUCUCAUUUUUCUGUCUGACAAGGACAGAAAUUACAAGAAGUGGGGAAGAUACUUUUAGCAUCCUUUUCAAUAGAUCUAUGCCAGAAUUUCCUUUGCACACCAAGAACUGGAGCUUGGAGCACCUCUUUUCUCCAAGCCAGAUUCUAGUGCCUUACACUCCAGGACGCCACAUGGUGGGUGGAGAUGGGAAGGAUGAGAGCAAAAGUCCCUUCAACAGCUGGGUGCGGGGGAGAAAGCUCUGCAGCUUGUUUCAGUAAAGGCUUUUCUAGCAGCACAGUUAGUAACACUUCACUCUCUGGUCAACUCUUGGGAUGUGUGAAAACACUUGUGAUUAGUGUAAAGUGCUACAACCCAUUUUUGCAUUUGUAAAUGUGCAGUUUAACUCAGCCUUGUUCCAUCCCUGUAUAGUGUCAGCAUGUGGUCUUGAGGACACUCGAUACACUUUGGUAAAAAUGAGAUCUUUCCGAUGUGCCCUGGUGACAAUAGGCACAGAAGGUGACUGAGUGUCUCUGCCCUCUGUGAAUAUGGUAUUAACAUUGUGCAGUGUUUCUAUCAAGCCAAGUGUCAAUUCAGAUUUUCUUCUCAUAUUACUAAGUUUGUAAAUGAAUAAACAGACAUUUUAACUAC